GACCAGAGAAGCAAGGUUCACCAGGAAACAUCAUCAGAAAUGUAGAGCAUAGUUCAUACGUUAGUCCCUGUUAACCAUCUGUGUAUAUCUCAAUAAACGGUUAUCCUUUUAUUUUUUCGUGCCCACAUUUUUUAAAUAAAAAAUGCACAGGGUGCAGGUUUUGUCGGGACAUCUGUCGUCAAAGAGUCGUGUGGGAAUGAGGCAGUGCAGCGCUUCAGCUGCUGAUCCAAAUGAUAUCGUUGUAGUUCAUGGACUACGAACAGCCAUCGGCCGCGCGAAGAGAGGAUCCUUUAAGGACACUACCCCAGAUGAGCUUCUUAGUGCUGUGAUGAGUGCAGUCCUGAAGGAUAUGGAUCUGAAACCCUCUUUAUUAGGGGAUGUGUGUGUUGGUAAUGUACUACAACCUGGUGCAGGUGCACUGAUGGCUCGAGUCGCACAUUUUUUUAGUGGUUUUCCUGAGUCUGUACCCGUCUACACUGUAAACAGGCAGUGCUCUUCUGGACUGCAAGCACUUUUUAAUAUUGCAGGUGGAAUCAGAGGAGGUUCAUAUGACAUGGGACUUGCCUGUGGUGUGGAGAGCAUGUCCCUUCGUUCUCCGAAUAACCCUGGAGACCUCAGCCCCCGACUGAUGGACAAUGAGAAAGCCAGAGACUGUAUCAUUCCCAUGGGAAUCACCUCAGAGAAUGUUGCUGAGAGAUUUGGCAUCACUAGGGAAGCACAGGACCGCUUUGCUCUCAGUUCCCAACAAAAGGCAGCCAUGGCACAGAAAAAGGGCUUGUUUGAUCAAGAAAUCACACCGGUCACUACUAAAUUUGUGGAUGAAAACGGCACUGAGCGCACUAUUACUGUCACAAAGGAUGAUGGGAUCCGGCCUGGGACUACCUUUGAAGGCCUGGCCAAACUGCGACCGGCGUUCAAAGAAACCGGCAGCACCACAGCUGGUAAUGCCAGUCAGGUGAGUGAUGGCGCAGCAGCAGUGUUAAUCGGGCGGAGAUCUACAGUGGAGAAACUGGGACUUCCUGUUUUUGGGGUGCUGAGGGCGAGCGCCGUGGUGGGUGUUCCACCGGACGUAAUGGGCAUUGGCCCAGCCUAUGCCAUCCCAGAAGCCCUCAACCAGGCUGGGCUGACUGUGGAUGAUAUUGAUGUGUUUGAGAUCAAUGAAGCAUUCGCCAGUCAGGCUGUGUAUUGUGUUGAAAAACUGGGCAUUCCUAUGGAGAAAGUGAACCCUAAUGGAGGAGCCAUUGCUUUCGGCCAUCCACUGGGCUGCACUGGUGCUCGACAGGUUGUGACUUUGCUCAACGAGCUCAAACGCAGACGCAAGAGAGGGUAUGGCGUGGUGUCCAUGUGCAUUGGGACUGGAAUGGGAGCAGCUGCAGUUUUUGAGUAUCCUGGCCAGUGAUGAAAGCCCUGGCACAAGAUCCCAAGAUGCAAAUGUCCUGAUGACACGCAGAGAAACUAACAGUCACAAAUUUUUUUGUAAUCAAGCUGCUAGAAGUUUUAACUGUAAACACAAGCAAAGAGAGCACACUUCUUACGUAGUGUGCAUCAGUGGGUGUCCGCCUUACUUUUGAGGAUGUUCAACAUUCAGAUCUCACUUUAAAGUGCCUUGCAUUUCAACUGCGAUAACAGAUCAUGAAAACAGUCAUGCUUGUAUCUGUAAGAGCAAUCAGAAUAACAACUUUUAUCUCUUUGA